GCAAGAGCCGGUCUCUCCUUCCUUCCCGCCUUUUUCCUGACGGAGCAAGGGCUCUCUCCGGCGCUACCUUAAAAUCCGGAGCUUGCUGGACUCCACCCUCCUCGCUUCCAAAUGCGAAUGGGAACUCAUCCCGUCCGGCUCCACUGAAAAAUCGGGGGGAAAAAGAGCCGGAGGAGGCUCCGAAAGGGGAAAGCAGGACGGCGGACCCGGCGAGCCAGGCAGAGUCCAGUGGGGACCACAUUGAAAAGAACAUAUCAAUUGAAGUUAUCCAGUGUGAAAGAAAUAUUACAUCUGCAAGCAAUAUCUCUCAUCUUGUGAUCCAAGUUCAGUUACUGAACCAAAAAUGUCCAGUAUAGAUCCUUAUCAGCAAAUUACAGUGGAACACCAAUAUUCUCACAAAUUUACUGUGACAGUGAAACGAGCCAAGAAUGUCACCAAGGGAGCCUUUGGAGAUAUGCUUGACACUCCAGACCCCUAUGUGGAACUGUUCAUCCCAACAGCCCCAGACAGCAGAAAGAGAACAAAGCAUAUCAAUAAUAAUAUAAACCCUGAGUGGAAUGAGACCUUUGAGAUAAUUUUGGAUCCCAACCAGGAAAAUGUUCUAGAGAUCACUCUUAUGGAUGCAAAUUAUGUAAUGGAUGAGACUAUUGGAACAGCAACAUUUCCCAUAUCAUCUUUGAAAGUCGGAGAUAAGAAAGAUGUCUCUUUCACCAUUAGCAAAGUCACCGAAAUUAUUUUGGAAGUAUCUCUGGAAGUUUGCUCUCAAACAGACCUCCGCUUCAGCAUGGCACUGUGUGAUGAAGAAAAGGAAUUUCGGCACCAGCGGAAGCUCAGAGUAAUGAAACAUCUAAACAAUUUCCUGGGCACCGAUUUGACCUCUGUUCGUGAUGUGCCAGUGAUUGCAAUACUUGGAUCUGGUGGUGGAUUUCGUGCUACGGUGGGAUUUGCAGGAGUGAUGAAAGCACUGUAUGAAUCUGGCAUUUUAGACUGUGCAACAUAUAUUGCUGGCUUAUCUGGAUCCACAUGGUAUAUGUCAACACUGUAUUCUCAUCCAGAUUUUCCAGUGAAAGGACCAAAAGAGAUAAAUGAAGAGUUGAGAAACAGUGUCAGUCACAACCCACUGAAGUUGCUCACUCCUCAAAAAGUAAAGCGAUACAUUGAAGCAUUGUGGAAAAAGAAGAGAUCUGGGCAACCUGUUACAUUUACAGAUAUCUUUGGAAUGCUGAUUGGAGAGACACUUGUCCAAAAUAGAAUGGAUACAACUUUAUCUGCCAUGAAAGAGAAAGUGAACAAGGCCCAGUCUGCUUUGCCACUUUUUACGUGCCUCCAUGUUAAACCUGAUGUAUCAGAAUUGAUGUUUGCAGAUUGGGUAGAAUUCAAUCCUUAUGAGAUUGGGAUGGCUAAAUAUGGGACCUUCAUGACUCCUGAUGUGUUUGGCAGCAAAUUUUUUAUGGGAACAGUAGUGAACAAAUACAAAGAGAACCCCUUGCAUUUCUUAAUGGGUGUAUGGGGAAGUGCAUUUGCUAUAUUAUUUAACAGAGUCCUCGGAGUUUCCAACUCUCAAAAUACAGGACCAACCAUGGAAGAAGAACUAGAAAAUAUCAGACUGCGACAUAUAGUGAGCAAUGAUUCAGACAGUGACGAUGAGUCACAAAGUCCAAAAGGUUCCGAAAAUCCAGAUGCCGAAAAAGUGCGUGAACAGACCAGCCAGGAAAGCUGGGUCCAGCGCAUGUUUAUGGCUCUAGUGGGUGACAGUGCCCUUUUCACCACCCGGGAAGGCCGUGCAGGCAAAGUACACAAUUUUAUGUUGGGUUUAAAUCUCAACACAUGUUAUCCACUUUCUCCUCUGGUUGGCUUAAUCUCUCAAGAGUCUGUGGAUGAAGAUGAAACGGAUACAGCUGUUGCAGAUCCUGAUGAGUUUGAGAGGAUAUAUGAGCCUUUGGAUGUAAAGAGCAAAAAAAUUCACAUUGUGGAUAGCGGACUGACUUUUAACUUGCCUUAUCCACUUAUCUUAAGACCACAACGAGGGGUUGACCUUAUAAUCUCGUUUGAUUUUUCUGCACGUCCUAGUGAUUCCAGUCCUCCUUUUAAGGAAAUUCUGCUGGCUGAAAAAUGGGCCAAAAUGAACAAACUUCCUUUCCCCAAAAUAGACCCAAAUGUAUUUGAUCGUGAGGGUUUAAAGGAGUGCUACAUCUUCAGACCCAAGAAUCCUGCUUCUGACAUAGAUUGUCCAACAAUUAUCCAUUUUGUUUUGGCCAAUAUCAACUUUAGAGACUACAAAGCACCAGGUGUUCCAAGGGAAACACAAGAAGAGAAAGAUUUUGCUGAAUUUGAUAUUUUUGAUGAUCCUGAUACACCAUUCUCCACAUUUAACUUCCAGUAUCCAAAUGAAGCUUUUAACAGACUGCAUGAUCUGAUGGAAUUCAAUACACUGAACAACUUAGACAUAAUCAAGGAAGCAAUAGCAGAAAGCAUUGAGUACAGAAGACAGAACCCAUCGCGUUGCUCAGUAUCCCUCAGUAGUGUUGAAGCAAGGAGGUACUUCAACAAGCCACAGAGCAAUAACCACACAUGAACUCACGCACUGAAGCUUCUCUUCCUCAGAAGCAAGUGCAGUUGGAUUGAUCAAACAGAUUUUAUUCUGCAGAAAAUUGCUGCUUGGGAAUGAAACAUUUUAGAACCAAAGAGGACAAUUACAUCAGUUAUUCCAGUUCCAUCUCUUUCUCUCUUUUCGAAGAAAUAUAUCCAUUUCCUAUUUUAAGAAAUUUAGAAAUGCAAUAAUAUAUAAAAAGACUUCCUGUGUUUCAUGAACAUUUAAAUUCAACAGCCUAAUUUUUCAUUGUGAUUUUGUUUGCUUUUCAACAUUCAAAGGCUCUCCAUUCUCCUAUGUUAUAUGUAGAGAAAAUGUAGUUGUUAAUGUUAUAAAUCUAAUUUAAAUAAUGUUGAGAUGUUAAUAUUACAGCCUUAGUAUAACAAGAUAAUAUAUGUUACUGCACAAAUGUACUUCAUCCAAAAAAUCAUCCGUGCCAUUAUCUGAUGGUGAACUCAUGUUACAGUCUCCUAACGAAAUGCCUUAUUAACUCUUGAUAUUAGUAACAUUGAAAAUGUAAUCAGCUUUGUGUUUGUUUGUUGUUUGUUUUUUAAAAAAGUCAGUUUUAUCUUGUUGUUUUUCAUCCUAUUGGCAUGUUGCCUUGGUUGAUAAAAGGGCUAAAACUUUAAAAAUCUGAACCUAAAAAGGUCUUAAAAGGAAUCUAAAUAUCCCUAGGGCAGUCAGUUCUCUCUCUUUUGCUGUGACUCUAUUUAUACUACUUUUCAGAGAUAUUCUCAUUGCAAAAGAAAUUUCGGAAUGCAUGAAUCCAUUAUUCCCCAAGAUAAUUCCUACAUUCCACCUUUCCCCUUCUACCAUAUUUUAUUUGUCAUUUUACUGUGUGCCCUGGUUGCUAUAAGUGCAUUGUUUCUCUUUUUCUGAUUACUUGGAAGUUUGGAUCUUUGAAAGUAUUAAUUUCUUACCCAAAGGCUGCUGCAUUAUAUUGUGAAUUAUUUCAUUUUUAAUUGUCUAAAUAUGCAAAGAUCACAAGAAAGAGCCCAUUACAGUUGCUUAUUUUCUUUAAUAGCUACUUCUUCAGCCUUCCUUAAAUUCACAUCUUAUGCUAAGGGAUUAAUAAAAGCCCUAUCAUAUUGAUUAACUGGGUUUAUGUUGGUAUGAAUUAGAACAUGUUUUAAAAAACGAGAGGAGAAUAAAUGCAAUUGAUGUUACAGUUUGUAAUUUUGUAAAUGGUUUGCUGAGAAAAACGGUGAUUCACUUUUUUUGUACAAAAGCACAUACAAUAUGCAUUUUAAUUUUUCUAGUACAGUUUUAUUUGUACAUACAAAAAUGCAGAGAACUGGUCAAUUUUAUAAAGAAUCAAAAUUUAUAUUGUUUAUAGUGUUAUAUUCUGGAACUGUAUUUUCACAUGGUGAUAUUUGUAUUGUAAUUAUCUUAUUACUGGAUCCUGAAUAAGUACUUAAUAAAAUAUGAAAAUGUAAAAUAA